CCUGCUUUAUCUUAUUGAUAUGGCUGCAGGUAUCUGUGUUAGCAGUGUCAGUCAUAAAACUAGAGCAGGUCAUGUGGGCGGUGUGACACUGGUGGUCUUACAUGUGUCAUAAAAGUCUGGCUGAACUCUGUUUUAACUCAGAAAAGCUCAAUGCGGGAACACUGGGACUGACACGGAUCAUUCACUAUGCUGCUUUCAUUUGUUUUACUUGUUUUUGCCUCUUUGAUGAGGAUCAUCUCAGGGGCAGAUUGGUGCUACCUCUCCCAAGAUGUAUGCGGUCACACCUGCACAGGUCCAGAUGUAUGGGGAGCUAUUUCACACCACUGCAGCGGCAGAUUUCAGUCUCCAGUUAACAUUGUAACAAGGAAAGUGCUGCCAGAUGGACGUCUCACUCCUUUUCACUUCACGGGCCACCAAAAAGCUUUUCGUGGUCGUCUCAUCAACAACGGUCACACUGUUCACCUGGAGUUACCCUCUAGUAUAAAGAUUAAAGGAGGAAAUCUUGCUGUGCCAUACAAGGCCGUUCAAGUUCACAUGCACUGGGGCAAAGAUGGAGGACCAGGGUCUGAACACACCAUCGAUGGAGAACAAUAUUCAAUGGAGAUGCAUAUCGUCCAUAUUAAAGAAGAGUACGACUUUGUGUCGCAAGCUUUGAAAGACCCCAUGGGUGUGGCUGUGCUUGGAUUUUUCUUUCAGGAAUCAGAGUUUACCAAUAAGAAAUUUGAUCCACUCAUAAAUGCUCUGAAAUACGUCACCCGAUCCAGUAACAGCACAACACUGGGGGGUGUUUCCCUGGAAAUGUUCAUCCCUCCUCACAUGGAUAUGACCAAGUACUUUCGUUAUUACGGCUCCCUCACUACACCGAGCUGUGCUGAAGCUGUCAUCUGGAGCCUGUUUGAAAACCCCAUCCUCCUCAGCAGAAAACAGCUAGCCGCGUUCUCCCAGCUCCAGUUUUCUAACGGGAAGCAGAUGGUGAGAACCUACAGACCGGUCCAGCCCUUAAAUGGAAGGCAGGUGUAUUACUCCAGAGGACAUGUUGGUGUGGUUAGCACUGUGUUGCUUAUUUUAUCCCUGGUGGUAUCCUAUACACCCUCUCUGUACAACUCAUGAUGAAUAUUGUGUUUGACUUUUAUCUGUAAACA